ACCAGCGCGUCCCACACUCCUCGAGCGCCGCGGUCCGCGCUUCGUGUCCCUCCUGCGUCGUCUGCCCUGACAGUCGGAGAACCCAGGCGUCUCGCGUGUUUUUGUGUUUGUGAUGCGUGUGACCUCUGCCGGCUGACCGCAAACGGUGACAUUGGCUCCAUUGUUGCGGCAUGGCGCAGGCGGCGGUGCUACGGGCGCAGAACCGGGCUAGCCACAAGGGUUCCGACCCGCGGGUCGCUACUUGCAGAGGCAAGCUCCAGAGCAAGCGCUCCAAGCUCAACCAGGAGAUCAACAAGGAGCUGCGUCUGCGAGCCGGCGCGGAGAACCUCUUCAAGGCCACAACGAACCGCAAGCUCAGGGAGACGGUAGCCCUCGAACUGAGCUUCGUCAACUCGAAUCUGCAGCUGCUCAAGGAGCAACUGGCGGAACUCAACAGCUCUGUGGAGAUCUACCAGAAUGACAGCUUGGAACCUGUUAUGCCCAUGAUCCCAUUGGGCCUCAAAGAGACCAAAGAAAUAGACUUCAGAGAUCCGUUCAAGGACUUCAUCUUGGAACACUAUAGUGAAGAUGGUUGUCAAUAUGAAGAUGCCAUUGCAGAAUUUAUGGACAUUCGACAGGCAAUGCGGACACCUCUCCGUGACAGCUCUGGUGUAGCUCUUUUAUUCCAGUAUUACAAUCAGCUGUACUUUGUGGAGAGGCGAUUCUUCCCACCAGAUAGAAGUCUGGGUAUAUACUUCGAAUGGUACGAUUCCUUGACGGGAGUGCCCAGCUGCCAGAGGACGGUGGCAUUCGAGAAGGCAUGUGUACUGUUCAACAUUGGGGCUAUAUAUACACAGAUAGGUGCCAAGCAGGACAGGCUCACAUCCAAAGGCUUAGACAGUGCCGUUGACAGCUUUUUGAGGGCAGCUGGUACAUUCCGCUACAUCCAUGAGAAUUUUACUAAUGCUCCCAGCAUGGAUUUGGGUCCCGAAAUGCUUGAUAUGUUGGUACAACUCAUGCUGGCUCAGGCUCGUGAAUGCUUAUUUGAGAAGCUUGAGCUCCAGUCAAGAGAUCGUAGAGAUAUAGAUGUUUGCCUUGACCUCUCCCAAGAAGCAGCACAGGUGUCAGAUGUCUAUGGCAAAGUCCACUCACUGAUAUCGUGUCCACCUGUUAAGGACUAUGUUCCGUACUCCUGGGUCUCACUAAUUCUUGUGAAAAGAGAACACUAUUGUGCUCUAUCACAUUUUCAUGCAGCAAAAGGCGUCCUGAGCCAGAAACUUGACUCCAUAGGUGCUCGCACACGCGAGACUCUCCAGUUUUUGCAUGCAGAAGGUGACACGAGGACACAACUAGACAUAAGACUUCCACAGGAUGAUGCAGAAAGAAAACUACUUGGUCGAGCUCAUUUGCGUGAGGCAUUACUUCUUCACGAGGAGAGUCAAAGGUUGUUCCGUAUGUGCCGAGAGCUACGUGGGAAGGCAGCCCUUUCAGUUGUUCUAAAAAUAAGUCACCAGAAUGCACUUGAAGCGUACACUACUGCUGAAGAAGAAGAUGAUUUCCGGGAGCUUCUAGAACCACCUCACAUUCUGCCAUCUACAAAGUUCCAACUAUCCUUGACACCUCCAGACUUCUCGCAACACCGAGUGGAAGACCUGUUCCGUGGUUUGGGUCCUGUUGCCAUUUUCUCUGCCAAACAUCACUGGACAGCACCACGUUCUGUUCAGUUGCAGAGGCUUGGUGGUGAAGGUUUUGGCUUCAGUGUCAGAGGUGAUGGACCAGUCAUAAUAGCUGGUGUUGACCAAGGCAGUCUAGCUGAUUUUGGUGGAAUGAAGGAAGGUGACUUCAUCGUGGCAAUUGCUGAUCAGGAUGUUAAAUGGUCCCCGCAUGAAGAAGUGGUAAAACUCAUAAAGCAGGCUGGUGAUACUUUGAGCCUCAAGCUAGUCACACCAAUGGACAGAAAUUACUUAAAGCAGCCAAAGGGUGGACCAAAAGGCUCAGUAUCAAAUAGCAGCUCAAGUUCUGGCGUAUCUAGUGGGCAACCUAGUCCUGCAGGAACUGUUGCUGGACACUCUCAUAAAAAACUCACGUGGAAUCCUUUCAAGAGAGCUUCAGGUCACAGAGACUCAAAGGAGCAGGGUUAUGAAGCCAAUGUUAUUCUCAGAUGAAUUUAAUUACCAUUUCAAGAUGAUCUGAUAAAUGUUGUAGGGAAGCGAGUAAAGCAAAAUCAAGAUCUUAAAUAUGGACAUAAAGACACAUGUUCAAUGUGCUUCUUUUCAAUUCUGUAAUCCACUUACAAAA